GAAAAGAGCUUGAAGGUAUUUCCAGAUUGCUUUAGCUUUAAAGGAUGUAAACAAUGGAAGAAAUACCUAGAUAUCUUUGUUGUUGACUCAUAAAAAAGAUAAUGAACUUUUAGAGUCCCAUCCAUACUUUGGAGCCAUUUGAGGGAUCUACAUUAUUAGUCAUCUAUGUCGGUCGAUGUUUAUCCCGAUUACUAGCUUGCAUGGAUAACCGAUAAGGAUAAGCUGAAACAAUAUUAGAGAUGAAGUACAAAUUAGUGAGACUGUCAACUUUGCAACAAUAUUGUGGUUUUGUCUGUAAUUAUGAGUCUGUAUCGCUCCGCUGCACUUUCUAGUAGAAUCAAAAAGUCUACCCCUCCAUUGAAGCGAGCUUCAUCCUCCCCUUUCUCUUCCCUGCCUAAACGAAAACAUGUACAGCGAUCGAAAUCGAAAGCAGAGUCUGACGAGGAGGAGGAGGACUUCUUAAAUGAUAAGCUCGAUGAUAUAGGUUUGGUCAAAGCUCUUGCAACUGAUCUCACUUUACGGGAUGUUGCGCAAGCUAUUCAGUAUAUUAGGGGAAGGAUGUGGAACAAUAUACCUGGGCAGAGGAGCGGGAUGAAUUCGACGAGGAUCGCAGAGGUUCUCAACUAUCGAGAUUUAUUGCCACCCAUUGUUACUGUCUCACAUGUGCAAGCUUUAUUAAACUCUCCAAGCGCGGUCGAACGAGAGAUCGUAGAAUUAAUACAGGGAGGGGCGAUAAGAAAGGUGGUCGUUGAUGGAAGAGGGGGUCUAGGGGAAGUUUUGAUACUGGUGAAGGAUUUAGAAAAUAUGAUAGACAGGAGCAACUUAGAGACUUCCUUGAAGGAACAAUUGAAGACAUUACUGCGAGAGAAUCCCAUGGCGUUGAAGUUCUCUAGAACCCUAUUCACUGAGGGAGAUGCUCAAGCAUACAUACAUGCUGGCUUUCUUACCUCGUCAACGACCAAUUAUACAGCCACAGAUCACUUCUCGAGACUGGGCGAUGGUUCAAGAGGGACCCUGACUUCGCUAAAUAGUAUCUCAAGGGCAGCGUCCGGCUCUCUGGCUGCUGUCGGUGGCGAAGGAGCUGUUCAUGCUUCUGGAGGUAGUGGAGGCGGGGCUCGAUUGGCGGGAAAAGGUGACUUUGCUGUUUCCCUCCCUGCAACGGGACAAUUUUUAAAGUUGUUGAGUAAUGCGCGCCUUCAUCUCGUAUCCUUGCUGUCGAAAUCAAAGUAUCGUGAAGCACCGGAAUCUCUUCUGCGGGAGCGGUGGAAUGGAGGAAUCGAAACAGAUGAUGGAGCGAGUGCGGCAAAGAGAAUUAGAGGAGAAUUUCCCGGCGUUCUUCCCGGCAAAACUAGAAAAUGGAAGCAGUAUUAUGGGAUCUCGUUUGAAUGGAUAUUGGCAGAGUGUGUCGGCGCGGGGUUGGUUGAAGUCUUUGAUACCAGGAGCAUCGGAAGAGGCGUCCGGGCAUUAUAAAUACUUCAUGGGAAAGGUUGGAGUUUAUCUAGAGUAUCGUGGAUUGAUCCUUACCUUUCACGAUUACCACAGUUUGUUUGAUGUGUAAGAUGAAAUCCAGAUUCCUCGAAUAAUAAGUAUAUAGGGAGAAACAAUACUUUGGCCUGGACUAGCAUAAACUUGGUAAGCUCCAUAGAAUAUAUAAAAACUGAUAUCACAUGCGGAGAUCACCAUGUGCAGGUGGAGUUUACUACUGCAUGUUCAGCAGCGGAAAAUUUUUCGUGAACAGUGCUCAGAAGAGACGAUUUUGCCCCUGUUCAA